AUGAUCAUCACAAGAAAACAAGUUGAAACAGAAUAUAUUAUGUCAACAUUAGCAGAUGAAUUCUUAAAUGAUUUAAAUGAUAUAGGAGAUGAAAAUUAUAAUAAUGAAUAUGACGAUGAUGACGAUAGAGACGACAACGAAGAAGAUAAUGACAGAGACGAAGAAGAAUCAUCGUCAUUAACUAAAGAUCAGCAACAACAACAACAAACAAAAAAUCAAGAAGAAGAAGAUGCUGAUGAUGUAGGUGAAAAAGAUGAUCUUAUGCUUACAGAUGAUAUAUUGGAAAAGAAACAAAAUCAAUUAAUAUCCUCUAUUAAAGAUGCUCCUAUAGAGUCUAUUGCAACUUUAAAAAAUUCAACUAGAUUAAGUAAUAUUUUAAAAAAAGUAGAACAUCAACUUUGUCAAGCAUUACCAGAAAAGGGAAAAAAGACAGUUCAAGGUGUGAUUGAACAUCAAUUGAUUGUUGAUUGUAACAAGAUUAUUCAAGAUAUUCAACAUGAAAUCUAUCUCAUUCACAAAUAUGUUAAAGAAAAAUAUAGUACCAAAUUUCCUUCACUAAGUAAUACAAUUCAAAAUCCAUUAGAUUAUAUUCUUGUUGUAAAAAGAAUUGGAAAUCAAGAUGAUUUAAUAAAUAUAAAUUUAUCAGAUUUAUUACCAAAAGCAACUAUAAUGGUAGUAAUAAUGUCAAGUGGUACAGAUAAAAGUUUAUCAGAUGGAGAAUUGGAAAGAAUUAAUUCGGCGUGUGAUAUGGCAAUUGAAUUGGACAAGACAAAGAAAGUUAUUUUGGGUUAUCUCGAGAGUAGAAUGGCAUUUAUUGCUCCGAAUCUUUCGGUGUUGUUGGGUGGUAGUAUUGCAGCUCGUCUUAUUGGUAUUGCUGGUAGUGUCUCUAAUCUUGCUGUCAUUCCAGCCGGUAAUCUACAAACAUUUGGUGCAGAUACCAAAGCAUUGGCUGGUUUCUCUGGUAUGGGUAACCGUAAAUUCCAAAUGGGUUUCAUCUCUCAAUGUGAUAUUGUUAAAUCGGCUCCUGUAUAUCUUCAAAAACAAGCUAUUCGUGCAAUAACUGGAAGAGUUUCAAUUGCUGCCAGAGUUGAUUCUUGUCAAGAAUCAAAUCAUUAUGGAGAAUUAGGACAACAAUAUAAAGAAGAAAUUGAAGCAAAGAUUGAAAAAUGGCAAGAACCACCACCAACCAAACAAAUUAAAGCACUUCCAGCACCAGCCGAACAUAAAAAGAACAAACGAGGUGGUAGAAAGGCAAGAGCCGUCAAGAAACGUUAUGGAAUGACCGAUAUGAGAAAAGCACAAAAUAGAAUGGCAUUUGGUGAAGAGGAAAAGACUAUUGGCGACAGUGGUAUUGGUUUGGGUAUGGUCGGUGAAGGUAGUGGUAAAUUGAGAAUGAUGGCACAGGAUCGUGGUAUUUUGAAAAGAAAGAAAAUUGAAGAUGGUCAUAAAUCAAGACCUGGUGCUGGUGGUGGUGCAGGUGCCAAAUCUGUUCGUCCCGGUGGUCUUACUACUGUUGGUGGUGCAGGUGGUGCUGUCACUUCGAUUGCUGGAUCAUUUACAAUGAGUGGUUUACAAUCUGUCAUGGUUACUCCUGCAACUGGAUUACAAGUUGCUAUUGGUAGUGGCGGCGGCAGUAGUGGUGAUGCAUCUGUUAAAAAUAAAUACUUUGGUGAUGGUAUAAAGAGAAAAAUUGAUCAACUCUAA